CUUCCCUUCAAAGCUCAGAACUGCAGUGAGACAUAGACGAUGCAGGCGGAGGAGUACACACAGAGAGGGAAGGAGAUGGUAGAUUUUAUACAGAAGUAUCUCACAGAGAUCCGUGAGCGGCCCGUAGUUCCAGAUGUGCAGCCGGGUUACAUGCGUCCUCUAUUGCCCAACAGCGCCCCCUAUGAGCCAGAGGACUGGAGCGCCAUCCUGCAGGACGUGGAGAACAUCAUCAUGCCUGGGGUGGUGCAUUGGCAGAGUCCACACAUGCAUGCAUAUUUCCCUGCACUCACCUCAUGGCCAUCUCUGCUGGGUGACAUGCUUGCAGAUGCCAUAAACUGCCUCGGCUUCACAUGGGCCUCGAGUCCAGCAUGCACAGAACUGGAGAUGUGUGUUUUGGACUGGUUGUGUAAAGCUCUCGGGUUACCAGAUCAUUAUUUACACCAUCAUCCACAGAGUAACGGAGGAGGAAUACUGCAGAGUACAGUCAGUGAGUGUACGUUGGUCGCACUUCUCGCAGCGAGGAAAGACAGAAUUCUGCAGAUGAAAAGUGAAUUCACACAUGCCGACUCGGACGAAUCUGUGUUGAACUCUAGACUCAUCGUGUAUGCCUCUGAUCAGGCACAUUCAUCAGUGGAAAAGGCAGGUCUGAUCUCGCUGGUGAAGAUCAGAUUUUUGGAGACUGAUGAAGUAUUUUCACUGCGUGGGGAAACUCUGCAGCGAGCCAUCGAUGAGGACCGCAAGAGAGGAUUCAUACCUGUGAUGUUGUGUGCAACACUCGGCUCUACUGGUGCCCGGGAGGGUCUCUGGCUGCACGUUGACGCAGCAUAUGCUGGCUCUGCCCUUCUGUGUCCGGAGCUGCGGUAUUUCCUGAAUGGAAUCGAGUUUGCCGAUUCAUUUGUCUUUAACCCGUCAAAGUGGAUGAUGGUUCAUUUUGACUGUACGGCAUUCUGGGUGAAGAAUAAAAUGAAAUUGCAGCAGACGUUCACUGUCGACCCACUUUACCUGCGACAUGAUAACUCAGACACCACUGACUUCAUGCACUGGCAGAUUUCUCUGAGUCGGCGCUUUCGCUCGAUGAAGUUGUGGUUUGUCAUGCGCUCAUUCGGCCUGAAGAACCUGCAGGCUCAUAUACGACACGGUGUGGAGAUGGCGAAGCUCUUUGAGUCUCUGGUCAGGGGCGAUUUAAAUUUCCAGAUUCCAGCGCAGCGACACCUCGGUUUGGUCGUCUUUUGCUUACGAGCAGGAAAUGGAGCGACGCAGGAGCUAUUGCGAAAACUGACUAAAUCAGGGCAGAUGUUUCUAAUUCCCGCUGCCAUCGGAAACAAACUGAUCAUCCGCUUCACUGUGACGUCACAGUUUACAAGCGCACAGGACAUACAGCGGGAUUGGAGCCUCAUCCAACAGGCCGCCAGAGACGUGCUGCAUACGCGCUCCCUCACACGCGAGCCUAGCUUGCUGUCUGAUGCUGACAGCUCUGAGGAGAAUGCGCAGGAACCGGAGGAAGUACCGCUGACCAUCCAAUCAGAGCUCAGUAAAAUGCGUCUGGAGCCGAUGAUAGACGAGCGUUUGGUGCGCCAGGGGCAGAGACGUGCCAUACGCUCACUGAGCUGCAGCGCUGAGCUUCCGCCCACCAGGCCUGACCAUGCCCACUCUCUAAAGGAUGCUCCGCCCUCAGGCUCUCUGACGCAGAUUCCAGAGCAGCCGAUGCAGUCGCAGCAGAGAACGCAGAGGCGUCUGCUAAAAUUUCACAGUGUUCCGAGUCUGUCACAGGUCUGGGCGCACUGUGGCAUGCAGCAGCUGUACUACCCCUUUAAGAGAGGCUGGGUCACCAGCCGAGCAAGUUGCUUUAACUGCUUCCCUUUAGCAGAGACCAGCGUUCUGCACACUAAAUAA